AUCGAUAAAUAAAUAGGAAGAAAAAGAGCAUAAAAUAAAAAGGGACUUUUUUUUGUUGGAGGAGAAGAGCAAGACUAUAUUGAUCUGAAAUUGAUUAUGAAAGGAUGUCAUACACAACACAGAAUAACCAUUACACCCAAAAAUCGAGAGAAAAUGAAGUGAUUGAAUUCUUAAAGAAGUGUCAACUUGAUCAGUAUGCACCUAUAUUUUUCGAAGAAGGUUUUGAUACAAUGGAAGCUGUUUAUGAAAUAACGGAAGAAGACCUAAUUGCGUUAAACGUUAAAAGAGGGCACAGAAGGCUUAUCCAAAGAGAAAUCGCUACGUUGAAUGGAAUACCAAAACAUCAGCCAUUGAUCGUCAACUCUAUCCCUCCUCAAGUUGAUCCGAGUACCAAAUUAUUAUUCCCUUCCCCUCGCCCUCCAUUUUACUAUAAAAAAAUAAGCGAAACAGCAAAUAAGAAAGACAUGAGCGGUGAAAGCUCAAGUGGCUAUGGAUCCAUGCAAUCAUCUUCUUCUUUUAGCAAUAAUACAAACAAUAAUGGGAAAACAUCAUUUGAUGAAUACGAAGAGGAUGGGACCAGCAGUAGCGAUCAAUCGUUACACGGAUAUACCAGAAAAUAUAAAAGACACCCAAAGCCCGAUAUCCAUGCCCCUGUGAAGCCUCCUUCUGCUUAUGUUAUGUUUUCAAACGAUUCAAGAGCCCAGUUAAAAGAUCACAACCUUUCCUUUGCUGAAAUUGCAAAGAUUGUUGGCGAGCAGUGGAAAAAACUAGAUGCAAGAGAAAAGCAAGUCUACGAGUGUAAUGCUAUGCGAGCUAAAGAUGAAUAUAUUGAUGCACUCAAUCGAUACAAGCAAACACCAGAAUAUAGAAAAUAUCAGGCUUAUUUAGCAGACUUUAAAAGUAAACAAGAUGAAGAAAAUAAGAGAAUAAUGAGACAGCGUAAAAGAGUGAAGAUGAAUUCACCAAGCAGUAACAGGUAAGUGUACCGAUUGAAAGCCUAAAUUUAUAAAUGUCUUUUAUAGAAUAUUUUAACACAGUAUUACCAAGUGGCAACAUGGCUGACUGUAGCUCAAAUGAAACGACUCAAUGGACUAUUAUAUGGAUCAGCCCAACAGCUCUUCAAGCAAUGGUUCUAUUGAUAUAUACAAUGUCUAAUUUCAUAAUAUUAAUAAUAAAUAGGAGCAGCAGCAGCCAUCACAAUAGCCACUUUUUACAAGCUACUCAUUGUAGAGAGUUCUUUGCUUUUUUUUUUUAAUAAAGUUUCAACUGAA